AUGGCAGACCAAGAGACCCCCACUCCACACUCCAACAAACCAUUCCUCCACCCUCCCUCCAACGUCUACUACACCCGCCCCUACUCCUUCUUCUGGCCCGGCGUGUUCAUCUUCGUCGGCGCCUUCGCCUGCGCCGGCCUCACCGACACGGCCAGCCGCGGCACCAGCAUCCUCCUCUGGACCGUCUAUCUUCUCGGAAUCUUGAUUCUCAUUGCCAUUGACCCGUUGUGUGUCUGGGAGUGCCAGGCGGUCGAUGAGAACGGGCGUUCGGUACCUGUUCGUCGGCCCCUGGUCGGAUUCCGCUCUUGUGAGCAGGUUGUUCCUCUGGAGGGCCUGGAGCAGAGGCUGUAUCGGACGGAGGACGGCGAGGAUCAGCCCCGGCUUCGUGAUGGGUACCGAUAUGGGCUGGCAUUUGUGCGCAUUUAG